AUGGCCUUCAGGUUCGGGUCACACGAGGAGUCUGGGGAAGACUCGCCGGCCCCUGACAACAACAUCAAUAACAACAAUAACCGGGGGCCAGCAGACCACCACCGUCGCAGCAGCCAACAACAACGCAGCUUUGACGAGGACGACGGGGGCCGCGCGAGUAAACGACAGCGGACGGCCCUGGCCUGCAACUCGUGCAGGUAUCGCAAGUCCCGCUGCAAUGGCGUCCACCCCACAUGUUCGACCUGCAGCGACUUGGGCCUCGAGUGUGUCUACCGGGGACCCGCGCCCACGCCCCGAUUCCAGUCUCGCGACUUGCAGUCCAUGGAGAGGAGGCUGCAGAAGUUCGAGGAUCUGUUGCUGGGGAUCGUGAAUAGCCAGCAGGUGAUGAAUAACAACGGUAACAAUAGUAACAACAUGAACAACGCGGCUCUGGCCAUGUCACAGUUUGGAUCCCACCUUCCACCAGCCGGCCCUUCCGUCGUCGAUGCAUCAGCUCAACAAAGUACCCCCGUGCCAGCCUUUGCCAGCCCGGUCCGCUUCCAUCCAGAGCAGGCCACGACCACCACGACGACGAUACAGCGGGACCAGCCCAUGUCGAAGCUGUGGCCGAUGGCGCAGGAAGACACCGUCGACGGGAUGGGGAGCAUCGUCUUCUCCGACGACUCCAGCUCGGGGUUUUUUGGGCCGUCGUCCAACUCGUCCUUCUUCAGCAAGAUCGCCAAGGUCCUGGCACUGGGGAUCAAGACCAUGCCUGAGGGCCGAGACUCGACGCGAGACCUGGCCUGUGCGCUGUCACGGCCGGCAUCCCCCCCGGCGCAGAGCAGAGGUGGUCCCCGUCCCGUGAACCCGUACAAACUCCCCUCGCGUGCAGAGGUUUCGCGCCUCAUCGACAUCUUCUUCCGCAACACCGGCCACUUCUUCCCGUACAUCUCCAAGACCAGCUUGACCGACAUGGUGGACGAACUGGAGCUGACCAACUUCAGCAACGUGCGCAAGUCCGGGCUGUGCUUGUUGAAUGCCGUCUUCGCCAUGGCGACAAGUUUCGACGGAGACAGUGGACGUCAUCCAAAGGCGCGGGAAAUUGAGUCCGAUGUCUUCUUCCAGCGCGCCAUGAGCUUGUCACCGUGGACGAUCUCGAAUACGGCCAACCUGGAAACGUUGCAGGCGCUCACAGUCAUGACUCAAUAUCUGCAAGGCACGUCGCGGUCCGCACAGACGUGGAAGCUCCACGGCCUGCUCGUGCAAGCGGCAUUCCAGCUGGGAGUCCAUACACAAGAUCCCAAUGCCCGGAUCUCUGCUCUCGAAAGGGAAAUCCGCACCAGAAUAUGGUACACGUGCAUCAUCCUUGAUCGGAUUUUCAGCACCACCUUCGGCAGGCCUCUCCUGAUCAACAACGAGCUCAUCCACAUUGACAUGCCCCUGGAUCUGGAGCUUGAGCAACUGCCCAAAGACCCGUCCCAGUCGGAGAUCUCCCCAAACUCCAAUUCGAGGCCUUCGGCAGGUGUCGUCUUUAUUCCCAGCAUCAAGCUCUACCAGAUCCAAGGCGACAUCAUCCGGUACAUUUACAAUCACAACGUGAUUAUUUCGUCCCACGACCUGCGGUCCGACGAGCUGUACAGCAAGAUUAUCGAGCUCGACCACGCUUUGGAGAGGUGGAAAGCGGACCUUCCGCCCGGGUCGGAGCUGCUGCCGCUCGAGUUCAUCCAGAGCAUGGACACCGAGAGCUGGACAUACCCGAAGGUCCAAAAUACCAUGACGCUCCGCUACCUCAACGUGCGGGCCCUGCUGUUCCGCAAGGUCCUGGAGCACUCGCUCGACCAGGUCGCCAAAUCCGGCGCGUCGGUCCUCCCCCUGGGCGGGUCGUUACCCAUCGGCGAGAUCAUGAUCCAGGCGUGUGCAGACGCUUGUGUCCAGACCAUCACCAUCAUCCGGGCGACCGCCCGCAAACCUCAUGUGCUUCCUGCGUGGUGGUAUACGGUGUAUUACGUCUUCAAUUCGGCCUUGAUCUUGUUUGGGGUUAUCUGCCUGCAGACCCUGGGCAAGGCGAACCUCGGUACCAAGGCCGCGGGCGAGCUGCUGGUCGUCAUCCAAAGCGGUCUCGAGGCCCUGGAGAUUACCGGGAAGGAUACGCGCCUUGUCCGGCGGUGUUCCAAGUAUCUGACCAAGAUCAUCCUCGUGUCGACCUUGCUGGUCCGGAAUCACGUGUCGGCGCAACAACUGCCCGCCGACGUCACGGCGCUGAUCAACUCGUUGCCCAACGUCUAUCCGCCCUCGACCAGCGGCGGCAAUACCCCGACGCCGCUAAACACGGACUUUGGGCAGUUCUUGAUCGACGAGGACUACGCCUUUUUGGACGUGUGGACGGACCUGGUCCAGGACACUGCGACCGGUGUGCCUAACGCUUGA